AUGACGGUGAUAGAGGUGUGAGUGUGUGUGAGGUGUGCCAUCAUGCAACAAGUAACCUGCGGCAGCACAUGAGAGUCGCUCACCCUGGGUGUGCUCGUCCGUGGAUGGCUGGAGUCUGUGGCACCCUCAUUGGGGGGACGUAUAUUUUAUGUGAGGUGUGUCAGGAGCAACACGUAGGAGGCAGUGGGGGUAUGGGAUUACCUCAAGGUGAGGCAGUUGAGGGCCAAGACCGCCUACGGGACUUGACCACUGUAUUGGCUCCAGAUUUGGCACCAGCUCCACUUGCCACCAUGGAAGAUGAUGGCCUGAGCAUGAAUGAAAUAGACCUGAAAUUGACAAACUAUAAUGUGAUCGCUGCUCGUUUGGGCUUGACUGAAAGACGACCCAUACCAGACCCGAUGCCAUUCCCUUGUGCUGAUCCACUGGGAGCAACUACCUUGGGUUCCAGUAUCUGUGAACCUCCUGACUCUGCUAGUGCUAGUGGUUCAGGAGCUCGACCACGAGACAACAGUGUUACUAGCGCUCCAGACCGUAGUCUCGGCGAACAAGCGGCUUCGUUAACUUCUCCUGUUGCCCGAAUCUCGGCCUUGCGUCGCACAACCCACGCUCUUAGAGUCACUAUGGCAAGAGCAGUUGUGAUGAGAGCUCUCUCCCUUCUUGCCCUCAGUGGAGGUUCGUGUGACUUGUGGGCCGGGCUAGAAGCUCUCGGGUUGUGUGAUGUUCGUCUUCUGGUUCGCUUAAUGUGGUUGGUUGCUCAAGGACGGGUUCCACUAGAUGGUUGUGCAAGAACAUGUGGUGCUGUUUUACAAGCAACAGAUGUUAAUACAAGUCUGGCUCAUCUUAGUGAUGCUAUUGGAGCUCUGGCACAGAAUGACACCGACGCUGCAAAGUUAUUAUUGCAGUUAUGUACUCAGCACUUAAUGGUAGCAGCCAUGGGGAUGUCCAGUGGGGACAUUGUUGGAGGCUCAGCAGAGGAAGAAGUGGUUGACUUGAGUCUUGGAGGAGAACGUCGGGACUCACAGACCAGUUCCAGCACACACCAGACCAGCUUCCCCGUCACCCAGGCUCUGGUGUCUCUUCUCGCUGCCAGCUCCUCACUAAUCCACCUGGCUGGGAAAGGGUCGUGUUCAAUGUUUAGAGUGGAGCAGCAACUGUUGCCUCCUCGCCUCCUGUGGUGAAGGUGGAACUAAAGUUUGGGCGCAGACGGCAAACGGCUGGACACCUGUCUACUCACUGGACUACAAGUCUCUUCCAUCAUCAGUCAAAUGGUCACCAAUUAUAAGUGGUGUGAGUGAGGGAGUAUGUGCACACAUGCUGGUGGUGGGACAUGAGGACGGUCUGGUCACGGUGUGGGUUGUACCACAGACACCUACUGCAGAGUCUUCACACUUUGAGGAGAGUGAACAACCAGAAAUAUGUUCAGCAACACUGUCUCAUAGUCCUCGCUGUCUGCUGCAACUCCGUGGUCACCAGGGCCCUGUUACCUCACUGGACAUAUCACUCUCAGGUCUUAUGCUUGCUACAGGGUGUAUGAAGAGCACCAAUGGGCUGGUGAAUGUUUGGUCUCUUCAGGAUGGCUCACUGCUCCAAACAUUAAUAGGCUCAGGGGGGAUAUCUGGCCUAGCGUGGGCAGGCCAGGCAGGACUGGCUGUCAGUCUCACUCAGUCACAGAACGUGAUGUUUAUCUCAAUGACGGAAGACCAGUUUUAUAAACUACGGGUGGUGGCAUUGUGUCGAACAAGAUUACACGUGUGGGGAAUGUCUGGGUUACACCAGGCGUCAUGUCUCAGAGCACUGCUCUGCCACCUACCGUCACUCCUUCUCUCACAAUAUCACCACGAGAGACCUUUAGUAAGCAGUGGAGAGCAACUAGUUCACAGCCGCUACCUGCAACAACUGUGUUCUCUGGCCCUUUUGCUGAGGCUGGACAGCGUCCUCUGCACCCAGCCGGCACCCAUCCACGUAGCCAACCCAGAGCCAGUUGCUGAAUGGAAUUGGCUGGACACCCUGUGUACUGCUGUUAACACUGCUGAGAGUUUAAAACACCGCACUCCUCUGCCACGUUCUUUUGUUACUCGACACUUCAAGCAGUCAGAUGACAAGGAGCAACUGAGCCUGGCAUUAGAAAACAGCAAGUGGGAUGUAGAGCAAGAUGCAGCGGUCAUGUCCUGGGCUACACAGCAGCCUGGAGACUGGCAAGUGGGGGGUAGAUGUCAAGUAUAUAUGUGGGGGAGUGGACGACAUGGGCAGCUGGCUGAAACUGGCCGCAGCACCCAGGUUCCAGUUUUGACAGAGACACUAGGAUGUGCACAGCAAGUUGUCUGUGGCCAGAACUGUACUUUUAUUGUGACAGCGAAUGGCUCAGUAUUGGCGUGUGGAGAAGGGAGCUAUGGGCGGCUUGGUCAGGGUAACUCAGAUGACCUCCACACACCCUCAGUUAUAUCCACCCUGCAAG